AUUUUUAGUUUAAUAAACUUGUAAUUUUUUAAUUAAAAAUCAAAUAAAAAUGGAUGAGAAUAAAAAGUAAAUCUAAUUUGAUUAUGAAGUUUUUGGAAAAGUUUAAGGUGUAUAUUUCAGAAAAUAUACUAAAGAUUAAGCAGAUAAAUUAGGUUUUUACUAUUCAUAUAUAUGUUUUAAUUUUCUUUUAUUUAGGUUUAAAAGGUUGGGUAAUGAAUACCCCCUAAAAUACUGUUGUUGGAACUGUAUAAGGAGAUGAGAUGAAAGCAAAAGAAAUGGAAAAUUGGCUAAGAAACGUAGGAAGUCCUCAAUCAAAAAUAACCAAAUUAGAAAUAUAAAAUAAAAAAUAUAUUGAUUAAAUAGAAUUUUCUAUAUUCGAAAUUAAAAGGUGAGAAUAUAUUUUUUUAUUUUUUAUUUUUUU